AUGACCCAGGCUUUUCCGUCUCCAGGCAACCUGCAUCGGCGCUGCCUAGCAACGUCAAACAUUGACCUUGAAGUCCCACCUCUGCACUGCAAUUAUUGGUUCGUUGCUGUGCAUGACGUCAUAUUGCAAUCUCGCAUUGGUGCACAAACAUGUCGAUCAAGCCUCAUCCGGUUUCUGUCGGAGCGUCCAGCAGAAGCUGCAGACAAGCGAUUCAACAAACUGUGUUUAGGAUAUUUGAGGAAAAUGCCACCUAAGAAUAAGGGAAAGACAAAGAAAGUGAAGAAAGGAACAGAAGGGGACAGCGUUGAGGAAAAAUACAAGAGAACAGUUCAUCAAGUUGAAUCACUCAAAGAUCAGUUGGUUUUGCGGAAAGAUAUUGCAAGACAGGCUUUGAUGGUUAAAGAAGAGUGGAAGGCAAAGUUACAACUUCUCAAGAAUGAUUUGGCUGAGGAACAAGACGUUAAGAAGGCAAUCCAUUCUGACAUGACUCGUCAGUACAAGACAAUGAGGGCAGACAUGGAACUGAGAGUCCAUCAGCUAGAGAUUGAGAUCAGUCACCUGCAGCAACAACUCACAUCAUGUCAGCAGCAAUUAGCAAGGACUGAGGAGGAGAAGUUGCAGAUCAUCAAGGAGAAGGAUUCCACCAUCAAAGAACUCCAGAGCAAGAUAGACAACAUGGAGACUGAGUAUGAGGCCAUCCUCCAUGAGAGCCUGGACCUGCUGCUGAACAAGAUGGAAGCAGCCAGACUCCACUGGGAGAAGACGGCAACGAGUUUCCAUUCCGAACAGAAGCAAAAAUUGCUGGAAUUUGGACUCAAUCCUCUGGAGAUUUAAGCCCUGGGGGGAU